AUGGUCGACAUCUCGGGCGCUCGGCCCCACGCCUGGCGCAUCGCCAUCGCGACGGUCACGUUGCUGACGCUUUUUCUCUUCUUCGACCCCAUCGGCUUUGCGUCGUCUUCGAUGGAUUCAGCAGUGGCCACCUGGGCUCCUGGCGGCACCCCAGGGGCAGUGACACACGUGGUGAUGUUUCAAUUCAAGAGUGAUGCCGACCCUGCUGCGGUCGAGGCUGCGUGCGCCAAAAUGAUGUCACUCCGGGAGGAUUGUCUCGCGCAGAAUUCGAACUAUCCAUACAUCAAGAGUAUCGCGGGCGGGAGGGACAAUUCGAACGAGAAACUUCAGGUGCGCCCCAUCCCCAUGGCAUCCUUCUUUAGGCCGUCGCCCUCUGGUGGUUCACACGGUGCAACACAUGCGUUUGUGGUUGAAUUUGCGAGCCCCGACGACAGGAAUUACUACGUCGAACACGACCCGGCGCAUCAGGCGUUCAAGGAGGAGAUUGCGGAGAUUGUGGAGGAGACGAUCGUGUUGGAUUUCGCGAACGGCAAGUUUUGA